CUUUAUGUCACACACACACACACACAGAGUAUCAAUCAGCUUCUGUGCUUUCCUCACAAGUGGCUGAAACAUUACCAUGGCUUGCAGGUCUGAGAGGUUGGGAAGCUGUCAGUGUAACAAAAACCCUGUGGAGAGCAUCCUUUUCCGAAUGCUGAAUACAGAUACACUACAGGCACAUAAGAAUCAACAUGAUAACCUCAAUCACAUCUGUACCAUGGCUAGAGGAUGCCCAUGUGAGGGCAACAAAAAGGUCUUGCUGAAAAAUCCUGAAGUGAUUUGCAAGAAAGCAUCUGAGGUGUUACUGAAGACUGUAGCGUUUAUUAGAAACUUACCUUCUUUUUACCAGCUACCCCAGGAAGACCAGAUCUUACUUGUACAUAAGUGUUGGGCUCCACUUUUUGUACUGGGGCUUGCGCAGGAAAAAGUUGAUUUUGAACUGCAAGAACUUACUGUCCCAAGCCUGUUGAAGACAAUACUUCUUAAUCAGCCAUCUACAGCUGGUCAAGUGACAAUGAAGUCUGAUGCAGGAGUACCACUAAUAGAAGUUCAGAGAAUACAAAUGUUUCUCUGUAAAAUCUGGAGUCUAGAUAUAUGUACAAAAGAAUAUGCUUAUCUAAAAGGCAUGGCGCUGUUUAAUCCAGGUAAGAUUUUGUCAAUGUAUUACAAUAUAAUUUUAAACAAAAUCGCACUCGGGUAAGAUUAAACUGAAUGUAAAAAAAUUUGAUAUUUUGCACCAGGAGAAACUUCCACGCCUUUCCAUAUUAUUUUCCAGAGAAUAUGUGUUUAUUAAUGCUUGUGUUUUAGUAUCCCAAUUAAGUAGCCAACUUUGGUCACUCUCGACUGGCUCUGGAACAUUGUAGUGGAGAACUCAUGUUAGGCAAGCUGUUAACCAAUGAGCUUCAAAGCUGGUUUGGGUCUGCAGCUAAACUAUGGUAGAAAAUCAGGUUUCAGUAAGUUCACAAUUGUUUUAUUAUUAUUAUUUUAUUAUUUAUAUAGUGCCAUCAGAUUCCGUAGCGCUUAUUCAGUGUUUUUACCUGGGGGAGUGCACAAUAUGAAUUGACACUAAACUCGCCAGUGGCUUUGGUGGAGAGUGACCCCUUGAAGUUGAACUACUGAAAAAGUCCAUAUUGAAACCUUAAUACAUUUAGGUUACUAAUUAAAAAAGAAUGCAUUUGGAAACAGUACUAAUAAUAAUUUACAAUCGUAGAAUAUAUAUAUAAACACUUUUGUUAAUAAGGCAUUCCUAAAAUGGGAUACUGCGCAGUUAAAAAAAUAUUUUCAACAUAUGUGCAGCCAUUAGUAGACAUUGUUACAUCUAACAAUAUAAAAGCUUCCAAUUUUAAGGAUAUAUCCUAAAAAGCUGCACAUCGUUAUCCCUGAAAAUAUACAAUAACAGAAUAGGUUUCCCUGUGAAUAAAGAGGCAAUUUGCCAAAUUAAUGGGUUACUAAUUUGAGAUCAGUCAAUUUUAUAGCUCACAAGAAUGUAAACUGCUCACAAAUCCCUUCAAAGAAAUAUUGUCCUGUCUAAGAACCUCCCCUCCAUAUGAAGUAUCCAGAUGCUGAGUUAAAACAAAAUGACAGAUCACCAUUUGCUAGAUACUGUAUUCCAUAUUCUGACGAUGGGAAUUAACAUUUUAUAUACUGGCCUAUAUAUUAACACAUUCUAACGUUGUUCCAUAUUGUUUUACAUAAUGCAGAGUAGUGUUGGUUUUCAUUUAUGUGCUAAUUUGUAUGACAUUCUAUUUGAUUUUACAUUUUGUUACGAAGUGCUCAAUGUUUAAAAUGGUAUGAAUAGGAGAAUCAACUGACAGUAUCUAGGUUUUACUUUCACUGGUAAACUGACCACUUUUGUGCUUUAUAUUGAACUAUAUGUUCCCACUCUACAUUGAAAGACUCCAAAACAUAAAGCAGAAUAUCUAUGGUUUAGUUCAAUUAACUGUUCUACUAACACUGUUAUUAAAGUAAAAUUGGGCAUAUACACUACAUAGUGUGAAAUGCUCAUAUUGUAUAUGCUAGCCUGGCUUUUAUUACUAUACAAUUAUAAGGCCUUGAACUUUCAUAAGUGCAAUUUAAAUAACUAUAGAAUACAUUCUAGCAAGAAGGUAAACAAGUUACUGAUAUUUCACCAAAUGUCCCAUGUUGAGUUGCAAAACAACAAGGGUUGCUGGGAGGGAUGCUGUGAUAACACAGUCUCUGUGGAGCCUGGGACCUGUGAGAGCUUGUAUGGCAGUGAUGGCGAAUCUUUUUGAGCCAGAGUGCCCAAACCGCAAUACAUGCCAACUUUUUCAAAGUGCCAACAUGGCAAUUAAACCUGAAUACUGAGGUUUAAGUUUAGAAAAAACAACUCCUACAGUUGUCCGAACUAAUUCUCCUCUUCUCUCCCCCAGCAUCUUCCCUUCUCUACCCACAGCAUAUUCUCCUCCUCCUCUCCCCUUCUCCCCCCCAGCAUCUCCUUCUCCUCUCCCCAGAUUGUCCUCCUCCUCCUCUCCCCCAGAUCCUCCUGUUCUCUCCCCCAGAUUCUCCUCCUUCUCAUCUCCCCCAGAUUCUCCUCCUUCUCAUCUCCCCCAGAUUCUCCUCUUCUCUCCCCCAGCAUCUCCUCCUCCUCUCCCCCAGCAUCUCCUCUUCUCUCCCCCAGAUUCUCAUCUUCCUCUUCCCCAGCAUCUCCUCUUCUCCCUUUCUCCCCCAGCAUCUCCUCUUCCUCUCCCCCAGAUUUUCCUCUUCUCUCCACCCAGCGACUCCUCUUCUCUCCACCCAGCAUCACCUCCUCUUCUCCCUCAGAUUCUAUAAUCUCCCCCAUAUUCUCCUCUUCUCUCCCCCAGAUUCUCCUCUUCUCUCCACCCAGCAUCAUCUUCCUCUCCUCUUCUCCCCCCAUUAUCUCCUCCUCCUCCUCUCCUCCAGCAUCUCAUAAUCCUCUUCUCCCCCAGUAUCUCCUCCUCCUCUCCCCCAGAGUUUCCUCUUCCUUUCUCCCCAAGCAUCUCUUCCUCCUCUCCCCCAGCUUCUCCUCUUCUCUCCACCCAUAUUCUCUUCUCUCCACCAGCAUCUCCUCUUCUCUCCACCCAGUAUCCUCCUCCUCUUAACCAACAUCUCCUCCUCUUCUCUCCACCCAGCAUCUCAUCUUCUCUCCACCCAGCAUCUCAUCUUCUCUCCACCCAGCAUCUCAUCUUCUCUCCACCCAGCAUCUCAUCUUCUCUCCACCCAGCAUCUCCACGUCCUCUCCCCCAGUAUCUCCUCUUCCUCUCCCUCAGAUUCUCCUCUCCCUUUCUCCCCCCCAGCAUCUCCUCCUCCUCUCCCUCAGAUUCUCCUCCUUCUCUUCCCCAGCUUCUCCUCGUCUCUCCACCCAGCAUCUCCUCUUCUCUCACCAGCAUCUCAUCUUCUCUCCCCCAGCAUCUCCUCCUCCUCUCCCCCAACAUUUCCUCCUCUCCCUCCAGCAUCUCAUCCUCUUCUCUCCCCCAGAUUCUCCUCUUCCUCUCCCUUUCUCCCCCAGAUUCUCCUCCUCUUCCUCUGCCUUUCUCCCCACAGCAUCUCCUUGUCCUCUCCCCCAGAUUCUCCUCCUCUUCUCUCCACCCAGCAUUUCCUCUUCCUCUCUCCCAGAUUCUACUCUUCCUCUCCCUUUCUACUCUUCCUCUCCUUCUCUCCUCCAACUUCUCCUCUUCUCUCCCCCUAGCAUCUCCUCUUCUCUCCCCCUAGCAUCUCCUUUUCUCUCCACCCAGCAUCUCCUCUUCUCUCCCCCAGAUUUUCCUCUUCUCUUCCCUCUGCAUCUUCCCUUCACUACCCCAGCAUAUCCACCCUCCCCUAGUAUAUCCCCCUCUCCCUCUCAGCAUUGUUUUGGUGCAGGUGGGGAUGGGGGUUUGAAGUCCACCCAGGCUGCUCCCUCCGCUGAGGCCGCUGGGAAACAGAAAAUAACUUUAAUCAGGUGCUGGCGCCUGAUUGACAUAAUUUCCUGUCUCCCGGCAGCAUCAGCAGAGGGAGCAGUGCUGGAACAGCUUGCAGUCCUCCAUCCCACCCACCGACCCGCCAGUGCCAUCUUAACAACAUUAAAGGCCCCAGGGCAAAGCAGUGCACUGGGUCCCUGCCUACACACAACUCACAGGAAUAAAAAUGCUGUACUGUGUGUGUGUGUGGGGGGGUACUGUGUGUGUGUGAUAGGAGGUGCUGUGUGUGGGGCGGUGCUGUGUGUGUGUGAAAGAAGGGUGCUUUGUGGGGAGGGUGCUGCAAAUAUAUUAUUAAAAUCUUUAUCCCCCCUCCCUUCUUCUUACCUUUGGUGAAGGAGGGGGGGGGGCACAGCCAUCCCUGGUGGUCCGGUGGUGGUAAGUAUGUAGGACAGGUUCUGCAGCUCUCCUGCCCUCCCGUGCGCAGAAUGCUGUGUGGAGCGUUGCCAUGGUAACGCGCGGCAAUGCUCCACACAGCCUGCUCUCAGGAGGACAGGGAUGCUGCUUCCCAGAUCCCUCUCCCUGCUUCCGGGUCCUCCCGACACGAAAGCAGAGUAGGCACCUGCCGUUUUGGGCAGGCAGGUGCCUACUCUGCUAUGCUGCCGUCCGGUGUAACCAGUGCCAGCGGCGCCCUCCCCCGGCGACCCAUGCCAUGUGCCCACAGAGAGGGCCCGGCGUGCCACCUGUGGCACACGUGCCAUAGUUUCGCCAUCACUGUUCUAUGGGAAGCAGAAAGCAGGUCAACCACUAAUGAAAGCUUCUUAAGACCCUAGUACUUACCUAAUAACUGUGCCCCAAAAUAAACAUCUUUAAAUUAGUAAAGGAGGAGACUAUAUUUAAAAGAAGAAAAAGUACCACAACAAGAGGACAUAGUCUUAAAUUAGAGCAGCAAAGGUUUAAAAAUAAUAUAGAGAACUUUGAAACUUUACAGAGAGGGUAGUGGAUGCAUGGAAUAGCCUUCCAGCUGAAGUGGUAGAGGUUAACAUAGUGAGGGAGUUUAAGCAUGCAUGGGAUAGGCAUAUGGCCAUAGGCGUGCGCAGCCUAUUGCAUUAGGGUGUGCACCCUAAAGCACAAGCACACGCCGCAUAUAUAUAUAUGUAUAUAUGUAUGUGUAUAUGUAUAUAUGUAUGUGUAUGUAUGUAUAUAUAUAUAUAUAUAUAUAUAUAUAUAUAUACACACAUACACACACUGCUGUGUGUGUGUGUGUGUGUGCUGUGUGAGGGUGAUGUGUGUGUGUGUGUGUGACGAUGCUGGUAGUGUGCUAUGUGGGUGAGGGUGUUUGUGUGUGCGUGCUUGUGAGGAUGCUGUUAAUGUACUGUGUGUGUGUGCGCUUGUGAGGGUGCUGUUAAUGUACUGUGUGUGAGGGUGCUGUUAGUGUGUGUGUGUGUGUGAGGGUGCUGUUUGUGUGUUGUGUGUGAGGGUGCUGGUAGGGUGCUGUGUGUGUGUUGUUAGGGUCCUGUUUGUGUUUGUGAGGGUACUGUUAGUGUGCUGUGUGUGUGUGAGGGUGCUGUUUGUGUGCUGUGUGUGAGGGUGCUGUUUGUGUGCUGUGGGGUGCUGUAUGUGUGUUGGUGCUGUGUAUGUCUGUGGGUGCUGUAUGUGUGUGGGUGCUGUGUGUGCUGUAUGUGUGGGUGCUGUAUGUGUGUGGGUGCUGUAUGUGUGUGGGUGCUGUAUGUGUGUGGGUGCUGUAUGUGUGUGGGUGCUGUGUGUGUCUGUGUGUGUGUGUCUGUGUGUGGGUGCUGUGUGUGUCUGUGGGUGCUGUGUGUGUCUGUGGGUGCUGUGUGUGUCUGUGGGUGCUGUGUAUGUCUGUGGGUGCUGUGUAUGUCUGUGGGUGCUGUAUGUCUGUGGGUGCUGUGUAUGUCUGUGGGUGCUGAAUGUGUAUGUGCUGUGUGGGUGAUUGUGGGGGGUGGAGGUGGGGGUACAUUACUUGCUAUCCCCCCUCCCUUCUUACCUUUUGUAGGGAGGGGGGAUCGUGCUGCUGCUUCCUUCCCUGGUGGUCCAGUGGAGGAGGGGAUACUUGCUGCUGUGAUCCCUGGUGGUCCAGUGGAGAGUGAACUCUAGCCCCUGUGGGGCUAGAGUUCACUCUCGCGAGAUUUGAGCGAGAGGAACCCGGCGGAGCUGCCGGCAAUAGCUCCGCUGGGUCCUCUCCUGCCUCCCUCCCUGCAUGUGGGUCAGUGGGGAGGGAGGGAGGCUGAGAGCAGAGCCGGCGCUCGGAUAGCGCCGGCUCUGCAUGAGCCCGUGCGCACGCCUAUGCAUAUGGCUAUCCUAGACUUAAGAUAAGGCCAGGGAAUAACUAAAGUAUUUCGCAAAAUUGGGCAGACUAGAUGGGCCGAAUGGUUCUUAUCUGCCGUUACUUUCUAUGUUUCAAUGUUUCUAAGUCCUCAAAUACAAAGAAAAUUCCAUGGGUCUUCUAUUUCUAGUUUUCUCACAGUUUUUUUUCAUUUUAUUCAUAAUAAAUUAUGUUUUAUAUAUAAAUAUUUGAUAUGAAAUGAAAGCCCUGUUUCUCCUGAACAAAAUGAUAUAUAAUAAGGGUGGGUGCAUUUAAUAUGAAAGAGGUGAAUUACGGUUGAACAGACAUAUAGCGCAAAUUCCAAUUUUUGUUUACAUUUAGUUUUGAUCAGAACGUGUACUAUUGACUCCGUCCUGAAGGGGUUAAUCCCCACACUAGCCUAAAUAUAUUUAUGCUAACUAUAACUUGAAAAUAUCAUGUGAGACAAAAGAUACACAAUAUAUACGUGUAUUGGGAAAAUACUCUCUUGGGUAUUUAAAGAAGUUUAUAAAUAAUAUUCUAUCUCCACCGUUCUUCUGCCAGCAUAUUACUAUUGGGAGUGGAGCUGAAUUAAUGGCAGCAAUUGCAGAUGUAACUCAUACCAAUAUUGGACAGACCAGGACAUACAGUAUAUGUCCCAUGCUGCCCUAAAAUUAAAGUAAACCUUUCUGUACCCUAUCACUAGCCUCAGAGGCGUAACUAGAAACCACUGGCCCCCCAUGUGUCUCAUUCUACCCAGCCCCUAUACAUGUCUCAUUCCCCCCGCCCCUCCAUGUGUCUCAUCUCCCCCCCUCCUCGGCUACACUACAAACAGAGACGGGCAAGAAGGGAGCGCUGUGCUGUGAGCCAUCUCAAUGUAUCUCUGGUUUUAAACCUGCAAGGUAAAACAUUCCCGUUCUGAAGGAAUUUCCGCAGAAACAGCAGAGUAAAACUUGACUAUUUCAAUCAGGUCUCAUAGAGACCUACCAAAAGACAGAUUCCCACAUUUUGUAGAACUACAAUGCCCAGUAUGCUUUGCAUGCGUUUAACACUGAUGGGAAGGCUAGUACCAGGCAGUGGUGUAUCCUGGUUUUGUGCUGCAGGCGUCCCCGCCCUGCGCCACCCCCUCCCAACCCUUUCCUCCUGCCCCGCCUUCUAAACACACACACACACAUUCACUGACAGAUACGCAUACACUCACUAACAGACACAAACACACACACACACACUCACUAACAGACACACAAACUAACAGACACACACUGGUACCAGGUUCAUUGCCCUAUAGGCAAGGAAUUGUGCUAAGUUCAGCACUAACAUGGGCCAGACUGGCCCACCAGGAAAGCAGGACAUUUUUCAGAGGGCUGCUAUGGAAGUCUUAACCCCUUAGGACACAUGACAUGUGUGACAUGUCAUGAUUCCCUUAUAUUCCAGAGGUUUGGUCCUUAACUAAUUAUUUAAUUCAUACCUAAUUUCGUAUAGGGUGUAAGCUAUUGGCAGAACAUAUAUACACACCUCAGAAGAUAUGGAGCACUAUUUCAAAGAAAAUCCUGUGCACAGUUAUAUUGUUACAUUAGUUUGGAAGAAUCCGUGUAUGUGGGAGUAUCAAAGCAGAAACGCGAGAAGAGUUAAAUAACAUGCAUGGUAAUUUGGUUUUGCAGAUAUGAGCAAUUUAAUUUUAUAAUCACCUUGAAAGACCUUGGAGUGAAGGAGACUGGUAGAGCCAGGAGUUUUUUUUUAUCUCAGUUCAACCAGGACAGUCAUAAAAUGCAUUUUGUUUAUUAUGUGUAGUUUCCUAUCUUAUGUACUGAAUGAACUGUUUGAUUUGAUCUUGGAGUUUCUUGUCACAUGCAAAUGAACACAUGAUUGAUGAUGAUGAUGAUGAUGCUUUGGUAUCUGACCACAUAGUUAAUUUUAUUAGUCUUUAUUACUUAAAGAUAUACAUUUCCAAUAUGUUUCUCCAGUUAGUAUAUGUUUUAUAUUUCAGGGCAUUUCCCAUUGCUCUCCAGUUUUAAAGGAGCACUCUAAUCAGACCAUGUAUGAGGUAUUCUGUAUGAGGUAACAGAAGUGGCAGACAUAGACUAAAGUGCACAUGCCUUUAAAUCCCCUGGCUGUGUUACUGUAGCUGCUCCCGGCUAGGUCUUCUCAAUGAGUUGUACUUCAUUCUCAGUGAGAAACCUCUGAUUAAAAGGAAUGGCUAGCAACAGCUAAAAAUACUGGAUUUGCAGGUUUUGCAUGGUACAUUUUCAAAUACACCCAAACAUACAAAAUUAAAUAGAUGAAUGUUUUUUUUUAAGUGUUAUUAUACCAGAUAGUGAAAAAUAUAUAUUUUUUAGUUUUCAGUGGAGUGUUUCUCAAUCAAAGGUUCUCUAUCAAAUUUUCACAUAAAAUCUCAACACCCUAAGACUUAAAAUAUCUUUAAAUGGAUACUAUAGUCGCCAGAACAGUUAAAACGUAAUGUAGUGGUUCUGGUAUCUAUAGCCUGACUGUGGACUUUUCAAGUUAAACGCUGCCUUUUCAGAGUGUUUACAUUGUAGCCUAGUUGCACCUCUAGUGGCAGUCACUCAAAUUUUUCCUCGGUCAGUGCAGCACUGGCAUUCAGUUUCUCCAUGAUCUGCAUUGAUUCAGAACAUCUUUAUGAGAUGCUGACUGGUGCAGUGUUUUGCCGUAAUAGCCUCCCAAUGCUUUCCGAUGAGAAAUUUUAAUUGGCUGAGAUCAUCAAAAUUGAUUAUCUUAGCCACAGUGGGGGGUGAGACCAGAGUGGCGUGGGGAAAGGGUGAGUAAUAUCAAUGCUUCAGAGCAAUCUAGUGGGGCCAGGGACCUAAAUAUCCACAGAGUCACUAUAGUGUCAGGAAUACAUGUUCCUUUAAAGGAGGGGUGCCCAAAAGGUAGAUCCCCAGAUGUUUUAAAACUACAGCUUCCAUGAUGCUUUGUCAUUGCAAAGGCAUUCAAAGCAUAAUGGGAGUUGUAGUUCUACAGCUUCUGGGGAUCUACCUUUUUGGCACUCCUGCUUUAAAGCAAAACUAUGGGCAUCAACACAACGUUUAACACAAUUUAUUUGGCCUCAUUAUAUGUCCUAUUGUAUCCAUUCUCAAAUCUAGCCCACAGAGUUGCUUAGCGUGGACAGGGUCAAAGUCUUAUCUUUCUAAGCAACAGUUGUGUAUUGGCAUAACCCCUUAAGGACACAUGACAUGUGUGACAUGUCAUGAUUCCCUUUUAUUCCAGAAGCUUGGUCCUUAAGGGGUUAAAGAAACACUCCAAUACUAUAGCACCCUGCAGUGGCUAAGUGUUAUGAGUGCCCCAACAUUGUACAUAGCUCUGUCUAAAGUAGUGGAGACGGGAAACGACCAGUACCUGACAGACACCAGGCAAGAAGUCAAACAGUUCUAAAAUGGUUAAAUUGUUUGACUAGGGCUCCAGGUCAAGGCUCGCGCCUAUGGAACAGGCCCAUUAAUUUGCUCUUGCUUUGUGCAGAGAGCAUUAAGUAUGGAAACCUCGUAGGGACCAGGAGCUUCUGCCUGUUAGUAAGGAGAGGAGUGGUCAAGUGAGUGCUGGGCAACAUCAGAGAACUGUCCCAGAGAGCGUAGAGCAUGCACAUCAUUAGAUGUGUUUGGGCCAAGCUCAGGGUGCUGAAACGAUAUCUGUAUAGUUCAUCUUUAGUUGGCCGACCUAUGUGAUCGGCAGGAGGCCUGAUGUAUAUUCACAACAGGCUGACCUUUCAAUUCUUUACUCACUCCCUUUCUGGGCAGCUCAACCUCUUUGGGCAUCACAGUGACAGAAUUUGCAUCACUGGACCAUCUCCUUUUGUUCCACCCAUAGACGUCCUGCUUCAAUGUUGACGGAUAUGGUUUUGGUUGAGAGAUGACAUCAAGAGAUUAGCAUCGGGUAUGUGUAUUCUUAUAAAUGCAUCCAGUGAGUUUCCUCCAGCACCACCUCCUCCAGAUAUGAUAUUUAGGAGGUAUGGCUGUUUAAGUGUUAUCCAUUAAUAAGAUUCUGUAGUUAGGCCCAUCAUUAUGAUCUUCACCAGACUUAAUCCGGAACUAUAAGUCAAAGUGGGAGGAGUGAAAUUAUAAUCAGUGCUAAAGAUAUGGUUAACUUUUUAUUCUUUUUGCAUUCUGUGUUAAUAGUUGUUUCUUUUUGCCUUUUCUCUACAGGGAUUGAUGGUAUGCGAUUCCCUCAAUAUGUUCAGACUCUGCAGCUGGAAGCCCAGCGUACUCUCAUGGAGUUCACAUCAAUGAUGCACAGUACAUCAUAUUCUCGUUUGAUGUGGAUACUGGAAGCACUAGACAUUUUAAAAUCAGUUGACCCCAAAGUUAUUACGGAACUGUUUUUCAGGCCAAUCUCAGGAGAAAUCAAUUUGGAAGAACUCUUACUUGAAACCUUAUACAUUAAAUAUUAGAAAAUGAUAAGGGAAACAUGAAACCCGAGAUUCUUUGUUACUCUAUAUUACACUUUGAAUUUCAUUGAAGACCUUCCUGGAACACUGUCUUUAGUAAAGCACUUUGUAUUCUUAAAGGCUUCGUGAAAAGAAAUAAGCACUUCAUAGACUUAUAAUUAAAAAAUAAUAAUACAGAAAAUGUACAAAAGUUGGAUUUGUUUAAAAAAAAAGCGAAAAGUUUGCUGCUGUAAAUUAAUCCUGUUCUUACAAUAUUUUACUAAAUAUGAACACGAGCAUAUAUAACAUUUAGUUUUACCACUGACUGGAAAUGGAAAAAUGCAUGACCCUAUCAAACAGUGUUUUAACCAUUAUGGAUAUUUGUUCAGUGGAAUGUAUGGUCCUGUACAUAUUUAUCACAUCUUAAAUGACAACCUUUUUUUUUUUUUUUUAAAUUGCAACACAACUGGAUAUUAUUAUUACUAUCAAGGUUAUUCACUACAGUGAAAAGUCAAAGUAAAUUUCAAAUUUAAGGUCAUUAUUAUUUUUAUUAUUUAUAUAGCGCUAUCAGAUGCCAUAGUGCUGUACAAUGGGUUAAUAGCCAAACUGGAAAAAUUCCCUAUGCCAGCUAUGUUUUUAGUUUGGCUACUCAGCCUUAAAUUUUAAAUUCACUUUGAAUUCUCACUUUAGUAAAUAAUCCUGUAUGAUAUUUCUGUUUCCAAUAUGCACAACAGUAUGGUAAAAAUAGGCAAUAUAGCAUGCGAUUCAAAGAGGUGUUAAAUACAUGACUAAUGUUUCAAAAAAUGCACAUAUGAAACAUUUUAAUAUAAUCUACUGCUUACCAAUUGCUUAUAUUUACAACCGCAUAGACAAAAUUUAGAUGAAAAGAUUUAUUCACUGAACAGCAUAUUGUGGUGAACUAUAAACCAAAUUUAUGAAAACUCUGAAAUAGCUCAGAUGAUGUUUUCUAACAAUGGCCUUGAUAUAUUUUUUUAAGAUAAGUUUUUCAGUUUAUUUAAAAUUUUUAGGUCAACUUGUAAAAUUACCUUUUCAAAUUAUUAGAAUAUCAAAAAUAUAUCAUAUACAAAAAAUAUAUAUAUCAUAGCAUAUUAAAAUAUGAAAUAAUUUUAAAAGUUUAUCCAAAAAUAUUAAAGGGACACUGUAGGCACCUAAACAACUUUGGCUUGAUAAAGCAGUUUUAGUGUAUAGAUCAGGCAUAGGCAACCUUCGGGACUCCAGAUGUUUUGGACUACAAUUCCCAUGAUACUUUGUCAGCAUUAUGGGAGUAAGAGCAUUAUGGGGGAUGUAGUCCACAACAUCUGGAGUGCUAAAGGUUGCCUAUCCCUCGUAUAGAUCAUGCCUCUCAGGUUUCUCAAGUCAAAUCACUUUGUUUCUGUUUAUGAAGCAAUUGCCACACCACCCCUGGCUCUGAUUGACCCAGCCUGCAUAAAAAAAAUCUGGUUUCACUUUCAAUCUGAUGUAAUUUACCUUAAAGGGACACUAUAGUCACCUGAACAACUUUAGCUUAAUGAAGCAGUUUUGGUGUAUAGAACAUGCCCCUGCAGCCUCACUGCUCAAUCUUUUGCCAUUUAGGAGUUAAAUCCCUUUGUUUAUGAACCCUAGUCACACCUCCCUGCAUGUGACUUGCACAGCCUUCCAUAAACACUUCCUGUAAAGAGAGCCCUAUUUAGGCUUUCUUUAUUGCAAGUACUGUUUAAUUAAGAUUUUCUUAUCCCCUGCUAUGUUAAUCGCUUGCUAGACCCUGAAAAAGCCUCCUGUAUGUGAUUAAAGUUCAAUUUAGAGAUUGAGAUACAAUUAUUUAAGGUAAAUUACAUUUGUUUGAAAGUGAAACCAGUUUCUUUUUUCAUGCAGGCUCUGUCAAUCAUAGCCAGGGGAGGUGUGGCUAGGGCUGCAUAAACAGAAACAAAGUGAUUUAACUCCUAAAUGACAGUGAAUUGAGCAGUGAAAUUGCAGGGGAAUGAUCUAUACACUAAAAUUGCUUUAUUUAGCUAAAGUAAUUUAGGUGACUAUAGUGUUCCUUUAAACAAUUUUAUCUCUUGCUCUGUAAAUUAAACUUUAGUCACAUACAAGAGGCUCUUGCAGGGUCUAGCAAGCUAUUAACAUAGCAGGGGAUAAGAAAAUCAAAAUUAAACAGAACUUGCAAUAAAGGAAGGAUAAACAUUAGCUGACUCUUUACAGGAAGUGUUUAUGAAGGCUGUGCAAGUCACAUCCAGGGAGGUGUGACUAGGGUUCAUAAACAAAGUUAUUUAACUUCUUAAUGGUAGAGAAUUGAGCAGUGAGACUGCAGGGGCAUGAUCUAUACACCAAAACUGUUUCAUUAAGCUAAAGUUGUUUUGGGGACUAUAGUGUCCCUUUAAAUACUUUCAAAUGCUUUUCUGAAAAUAUUAAAUCAAGGCCUAUAUUCCAAGUUUUGUUAUUUUGGAAUGAAUUUAGAAAAAAAAUAGAAUUCAUUUUUUCCCCCAGUGAAUAAAUCUCUAAACAUUUUUAUGAAUUAUAUGUUCAUUUUGUUAUAGUGUUCAUUUAACUUGGAAUUUUUAUUGUAAAUCACAUAAAUAAUCUCACCACUUUGUUUUAGUUCAAUUAAUUUUUAACUUGACUGCUGUUUUUUUUAAUAUGAAAUUGUUAUUUUUUUGGUACAAUACUAACUGCACUGGAAAGGCAUAUAUUCUGCAUAAUUUAACGUUUACAUAGUCAGCAAAAGUUCACAAAGCUAAGAAUGCAUUCGUACUGAAUCAAAAUGAUUGUUUGUUUGAAAAUGCUGUUUAUUUAUUUUUUGCAGAUAUUGUUUCAUUGAGA